AUGGUAGCCAUGACUUGUAUGUCGUUCAUUACGGCAGGCGUCAUAAUAGCAUCCGGCAUCCUUGGACUGGUAUUCUUCGAUCCGCUUCGUCUCGCCGUCAAUGUUCUUUUGAUCUUGUUGGGAGUGUUGUGCAUCAUCGCAGAUGUCAAAGCACUUCCAUUCUUCGCUUACGCGCAGUUCUUUUAUAUUCCUCUUGGGCGUGGUUUGUUCUACGUGAUCAUUGGCCUGGUUAUCCUCCAAAAGGGAUUAAUCGAUGUUAUUUUGGGUGCCUCCGUAACAAUCCUUGGUGCAGUGUAUGCCGUUGUAUGCGCCCGAAGUGGAGGUGUUCCGAAACCACUUAUGCAGCGCACCGUUGAAGAACUCCCCCUUAAUGCUGCAGUGAAAUUCGUCGACGCGUGA